GAGGGGUUAGGGGUUGGACAGAAGCAGAGACGAUGCGAGAGCCUAAGUGAGUUGCGUGCGUUCACUGGUGACAACCCCACGGCUCAUUGGACAUUCCAAGAGAAUUGUUGGACCGAAUCUACAAGUCAGACCAUACUUUCUGGCCCUUUUAAUUUUUUUUUAAUUUUUAUUUUUUGAGACACUACACAAUUUUGCUUGCGGAGGAUUAUACGACCAGACCCAUUUGAGAGGAAUGUAUACGUGAUCGUCGUAAUAUAUCAAAAUAGGAUUGUCCAUUGAACAGGACCAAGGUUGAGGCGGGUGGGGGCAAAAAAAAAAAUACUACAUUCCAGGAGUGAAUUUUGAGCAGGGGAAUGAAGAGAACAAGCAGAGUCUUUUGAGAGACAUCUACUCUGCAAUCGACAAAUUGGCAUUCACGGUUGGCGAUGUUGUGUCUGACUUCCUUAUGGGAGAUGUAGAGAAUGGAUCAGUGUUAGGGCUCCCCCUAACUAAGACGCGCGGGUCUUUUGACAACCUGCCCGUGGAAUCUGGAGGAUCCGGCUCUGAGAAAGAUGAUCCGCCAGUUCCCGUGCUCGUAACAGGACCGCCAUUUCGGGUCGAAGAAGUGGAUAGGACGCUGCAGCAGCACGUCAACGGGGUGGAGUCGGCACUUGGCUACGCCAAGGCCUGGUCCAAAUACACCAAAGAAGUGCUGGGGUGGGUGGAGAAACGUCUUAAUAUGGAUGUCGAGUUGGCCAAGAGCUACAACAAAAUGGCUGAAUCGGCAAAGACCCUCGCAAGUCAGCAGGAUUUCAUGCCUUUCCGUGACAUCUACAUGGCUGCUUUCAAAAAUGACGUUGAAUACAGCAAGCUCAUACUGAACACCACGGCGGUGCUCCAAAGCAACAAAUUUAUGCAGCCGCUGAUGACGCGAAAAAAUGAAUUGGACAAACUGCGAAAAGAGAUGAAGGAGCAGUGGCAGAGACAGCAAAAGAAAAUGCACGAGGCCGACAGCGCUCUGAAAAAGGCCCGGAUGCUGCAGGAUCAGCGUCAAGAGGAGUACGAAAAGGCCAAGGUAUCGACCAGCCGCUUGGAAGGGGAGCAGCUGGGAGGAGUCGGAGGAGCAACGGCUGUCAAACAACUAGAAAAGCGGCGCCGGUUGGAAGAAGAGGCCUUGCAGAAGGCUGACGAAGCGAGGGCACACCGCGAAGCUUGUCAGAAUGACGUGGUGGAAAAAAGAGUCGAUCUGGCUAACACCAAGAGUGACAUCAUCACUCAGCUCCGAAAGAUGGUCUUCCAAUGCGACCUCACCCUGAAAGCGGUCACGGUCAAUUGGUUCCAGCUCCAGCAGGCCCAGCUUGUGUCACUUCCUGCCAGGCACCAGAGUCUUUGUGAAAAUGCCAAACUGUACGAGCCUGGGCAUCGCUAUGUUGAGUUCGUCCGGAGGUUGCCCCCCGAGUCCCACUUUUUGGAUUCAGCUUUUUCAUCAAGCACAGGAAUGCCUCUCAGCCAGUACACAAUAAGUGGCAGUCACUCUUCCCACAUCAACCUGUCACAAGGAUCCAUGACAUCCGACCUCCUUGGCAAAGACGAUCAUGACGGGUCCAACAGCACCCAGCAAGCCAAGAUUGCGGAGCGACGCUCCAACAGCACUACUGACAUCCAAGCACUUCGGAUUCGUACCUGGAAUUCCAGUCAGGGUGGAGGAAUGUGUAGCGACUCUGAAAGUGUAGGAGGGAGCAGCGAGUCCCGAUCCAUGGACUCACCCACUGCGAGCCCAGGAGACUUUAAAAGGAGAUUACCCAGGUCCCCCUCGACCGGCACCAUGUCGUCCGCUGAUGACCUGGAUGAGCCCAACUCUCCUUCCGAUAACGGUUUAGGGGAUCUUUUAAUCGAGACGGCCAGCUCUCCACGUCCUUUUAGAAACACACAGAUGUCCAAAGCUGCUCAAACGCACAAGCUGAGAAAACUUCGAGCCUUCUCCAAGUGUCGAGAAUGUGAUGGGCUGGUCGUGUUUCAAGGAGCAGAGUGUGAGGAGUGCUCAUUAGCCUGCCAUAAGAAGUGCCUGGAGAGCUUGGCCAUCCAGUGUGGCCAUAAGAAGCUCCAGAGGAAGCUUCACCUCUUCGGUGUGGACUUCAUGCAGACCGCCAAGAACAGCCAGGACGGCAUCCCAUUCAUCAUCCGCAAAUGUACGUCGGAGAUCGAGACCAGGGCGCUCAACGUGAAGGGUAUCUACCGCCUGAACGGUGCCAAGUCACGCGUUGAAAAACUGUGCCAAGCAUUUGAGAAUGGCAAGGACUUGGUUGAGAUGUCUGACCUUUACCCCCACGACAUCAGCAACGUGCUCAAACUUUACCUGAGACAGCUUCCAGAGCCACUCAUCCUUUUCCGCUACUACAAUGAGCUAAUCGGUUUGGCCAAAGAAAGCCAAAGUGGAAUUGUGGAGGAUUUGGAGGCGUCUCGCCUCAGCUCCUCCCCAGUGCCGCCGGCUCAGGUCGGCGUGGAGCUCAACCGCAUCCUCUUCAAGCUCAAAGACCUCCUCAAGGAACUGCCGCCCGCUCACUACAAGACACUGCAGUUCCUCAUACAGCAUCUGCACCGGGUUACGGAACGAUCUGAGGAAAACAAGAUGCCUGCAAGAAACCUCGGUAUCAUCUUUGGCCCGACACUCAUCAAGCCGAGGGAGGCAGAUGCCGAAGUGUCCCUAUCCUCAGUAGUGGAUUACCCCUAUCAGGCGCUCAUUGUAGAGCUCCUCAUCAGACACUACCAGAUGAUCUUCGACACCCCUCUCAGUCCACUAGCGGACAACUCAACCUCAGAGGUCGGGGCUCGACCCUUACUCGACAUGCGCCCCCCUGACCCGGAAAAGGAGCAGGUUCUUAGCCGGCACUCAAAGUCCGUGGGCGACAUCCAGGAGUUGAGCUCCAGGGAUUUUAAGAGACAUUCCUCCACUCCUCUGUAUAACUUGAUGCACGAGUACUCAGUGCCGCUUGUUCCAACUGACCGCGAAGGAAAAGAAUUUGAACCUGGCGACCAAGUGGAUUCAAAGUCCUGCAACGGUGUCAUCGAGGUCCCAAAACCAAACGAGCGAAGCCUCAUCCGCUCUCCACACGUCACACCCACGACCAGGGUGCAUCUACGACCGCACCGGAACAAAGCCCACUCCCGGCCGGCUAGCAUGCCGGUAGAACAGAACCACGGCCGGGAAAAAGCCGACGAGAAUCCAAGAUGGACGAGCUUGCAUGAAGAUGACAGAAAAGGAGACCGCGGCAUCCAGUCCAUCGAAGAGGUGGAUGAAACCGAGAUGACCAAAUUGCGAGCCACACACUACCGGCGCACGUGCAUCGACACCCAGACCUUGCGCAGGACUUGGGACAAACAAUACAAUCACCAUGACGUCGCUUCGAGAACGAACAAAAAUGUUUUCAGUACGGACAGUUCAGCAGAUGAUGCCAGCGGAAUUCCCCCUACUGUGUCAGUAUCAUCCUCGAGCUUGUCCCUCGAAGACUCCAGCAAGAGCGCUGUUAGCACCUACUCGAAUGGACCUUAUAGCAUGUCAACGCAAUCGUCUUUGCGACCAGAGAGGACAUUAAGAAGGGAGGGAAAUGUAACCAAGUACAACAUAGUGGCAAUGGGUUUCCGGCCCUCCAGGACCCUCCAACCGCCACCCGGAACUUUCUAUAAGCCUCCGUCGGGGAGUCAAGCCAAAUCACUCCACGCAUCAGCUAACAGCGCUGAAAUCGAAGAGGGGGAGGAUGAGGAUGGAGAGGAGCUAGAGGUCUCUGUGGACGAGCCUCUUGCCGAGGAUGCGGAGGCAGAGCAGGAAACCGCCUCGCCAUCCCACAGUCCAAGUCUAGAGGACGGUGGCCUAAACCAGGCGAGACCAUUGUACCCGAGACUGAGAUCCAGGCACCUUCAAGAGGUGGAACAUCGAGAAGCUCAUUUUGUGUGAGACUGGGGCUGCCAGAUGCCAAUCGCGCGCCGCAGCGCGUACAGACACACCUGCUUUGACUUUACACUAUAAAAGACAAAUGAGCGGUCGUGUGUGGACAAGGAAAACCCGUCGCAUCCCCCAAAUGCAAACGGAACGCACUUAAAAGGGUGUACACUAUAUUUUUAGAGACAGUCGCCAAUGUAUUACUCCGCGAGCACUACACUGGCACCGGGACUAUUUAUAAUUCUUCUUUAACUGUGCAAUUGCAUUUUUAUGUGGACAUUUUGGAGUCUUCUUCCAGAUUGCCCGUUUGUGUACCAAAAAGUAUGUAUUUGACUAGUUACAAUAGACCAUGCAGCCACAACAAACAAAAUGGUGCACCGCAUCACUGCAGAAGUGUGUAAGAUGUGUUCCCAUCAUUUGUUUAGACUGUUACACAGAGAAAAAAAGAAACUGUUAAGUUUUCUCUUCCAAGCAUUAAAAAUAUACUUGCUCUGUCUGGCACCUGUAUAUUGGGAAUGUCAUGAACAAACACCGUCUUAUACGGGUGAACAUGUGAUCCUAAGAAUCUUUUCCAAACAAAAAUCUUGAUUUUUAUCACUGAAAUGAGUCUAAACCUUACUUUUUUGGGGUGGGGGGUAAGUAAGUAACAGGAUCCACGCCAACUGUUUAAAUCCUAAAUGUUUUUUUAUGGUGACUUGCAAAGUUGGCGCAAUCUUGAAAUGGUUCCUAGUAAAAAGACAGGUACAUCCGGACAGCAUACUUUGUAAGUUAUUAAAAUGUAUCUCACAACUUUCAACCUCAA